AUGGGGAAACCGACGGAAGCAGCCAAUGGCAGCUCGGGCAAGGCGGCCGCAGCUUCAAAAGUGCCUGAAUAUAGUGCCGUCGACUAUUUGAUACAGACGUACUGGUGGUUGUGGCUGCUUUAUAUACCCUAUAUUUACUUUGAUCGUGAAACUGCAUGGAAGGGUGGAUCUAAUCGAUAUCAGUGGUUUAGAGAUGGCAUUUGGUGGAGAUAUUAUCGAGAUUUCUUCAAUGUGAAGCUUCACAAGACCGCUGAUCUGGAUCCUAAAAAGAAUUAUCUAAUGGCAUACGCACCACAUGGCAUAUAUGGUCUAGGCGCCACCGUAUCUGUGCAGAGCCCAUACUGCAACUUCAAGGAACUCUUCCCCGGCAUUGACAUCAAGACUGGAACAUUGGAUUCUAAUUUCAAUGUGCCCUUUUGGCGCGAAUGGAAUUUCGCAUUCAAUCUCGUAUCUGUUUCUGCAAAAUCUUUGACACACAUCCUGACCAAAUCGGGUCCAGGACGUUCUGCAAUGAUUGUAGUAGGAGGUGCAGAAGAAGCGCUAUACGCAUACCCAGGACAAAACAAGCUUGUGCUCAAGAAGAGAAAGGGAUUUGUGAAGCUUGCCAUUCGAACUGGUGCAUCACUCGUACCAGUCUUCUGUUUUGGUGAAAACGACUGCUUUUGGCAACUACGAGGGCCAGUCAUUGCCAAGUACCAUGCUUGGUUUAAGCGCAAUUUCGGAUGGGUCAAUCUUAUCUUUUAUGGCCAGAUUCCAUUCAUUACUAUGCCGAGGAAGGUUCAGCUUGCUAUUGUUAUUGGCGCACCCGUAGCGGUCAUCAAACAAGACAACCCAUCAACAGAAUACAUUGAUGAAGUCUGGCACAACUAUGUCGCAGCUCUCCAUGCUGCAUAUGACGCACACAAAAAUACGUAUGCACCAGGUGUUCCAUUAGAGAUUGUCGCUUAG